UUAGUAUAACAAAAGAAUCUUGUUAUACUUUUCAGGGAAAAGUUCUACUAAAUAGAAACUACCGUGGAGACGUUGACAUGGGCCUAAUAGAAAAGUUUUUGCCCAUUGUGAUGGAGCGAGAGGAAGAAGGACAAAUGGCUCCGGUUGUCCAGUUGGGCGAGGUUCACUUUGUCUAUGUUAAAUAUAACUAUCUCUACAUCGUUGUUAUUACUCGGAAAAAUGCUAAUAUCGCUCUUUUAUUUACAUUUAUUUACAAGUUAAUCGCAAUAUUUGUUGAAUAUUUUAAAGAUCUUGAAGAAGAAAGCAUUCGGGACAAUUUCGUCAUUACAUACGAACUGCUAGAUGAGGUUAUGGAUUUUGGAUAUCCUCAGACAACUGAUACAAAAAUAUUGCAAGAGUAUAUUACUCAAGAAAGCCACAAGUUGGAGAUUGCUCCUCGUCCUCCAAUGGCUGUUACUAAUGCAGUUUCUUGGCGUUCAGAAAAUAUAAAAUAUAGAAAAAACGAAGUUUUCUUAGAUGUGAUCGAAUGCGUCAAUUUAUUGGUGAGUUCCACAGGGAAUGUUCUUCGUAGCGAAAUUGUUGGUAGUAUAAAAAUGCGGGUGUAUCUUUCAGGCAUGCCAGAACUAAGAUUAGGUGUAAAUGAUAAAGUUCGUUUCGAAAACACAGGGAAAGCUAAAGCUAGAUCUGUUGAACUUGAAGAUGUAAAGUUCCAUCAGUGCGUCCGACUUUCAAGGUUCGAAAACGAUCGUACCAUUUCUUUCAUUCCUCCUGAUGGCGAGUUUGAAUUAAUGUCCUAUCGCCUAAAUACGCAUGUAAGUCCUACGCUCUGUGGCCUUUGUAUUAUUCCUACCAAUAACGUCUUAUAUAAAGUCUUAACACUUCAUAUUGCAUCAGUUAUAUUAUUUUAA